UCAGUUACCAAGCUACCAGGAUCAACAAAAUCAGAAGUCUUACAUUUUCAGUUACAGCAGUUCGCAAGCGGCCUCAAAAUUAUUUGUUUUCCCUUUUCGAAAUUUCUUCGUAUACAGCCUCAAUGAGUCUUAUAAGACAAUUCUAAUUAAUUCGGCGAAUAUUCCUUCUAAUGCAGGCAAAAUGCGCGAGUGUAUAUCCAUGCAUGUCGGCCAAGCUGGUGUACAAAUGGGUAAUUCCUGUUGGGAACUUUACUGUCUUGAACAUGGAAUUCAACCAGAUGGCACUAUGCCCUCCGACAAAGUUUCCGGUACCAACGACUGCUUCAAUACCUUCUUCAAUGAAACCAGUUCCGGAAAAAUGGUCCCACGAGCAGUGAUGGUUGACCUGGAGCCAACGGUAGUUGACGAGGUUCGCGUGGGUCCAUACAAACAACUGUACCAUCCAGAGCAACUGAUAACAGGAAAGGAAGAUGCUGCUAAUAAUUAUGCCAGAGGUCACUAUACCAUCGGAAGAGACGUCAUCGAAUCCGUAAUGGACAGAGUGAGAAGACUGACUGAUCAGUGUACGGGACUUCAAGGUUUCUUUGUCUUUCAUUCAUUCGGCGGUGGCACAGGGUCAGGAUUUACUUCGUUAUUGAUGCAAAGGCUCAGUGAUGAAUAUGGAAAGAAAAGUAAACUGGAAUUUGCAGUGUACCCAGCACCCCAGGUAUCUACAGCUGUUGUAGAGCCCUACAAUGCAAUCCUAACAACACACACAACAAUCGGCCAUUCCGACUGUGCCUUUAUGGUAGACAACGAAGCCAUUUAUGAUAUCUGUAGAAGGAAACUAGGAAUCGAACGGCCAUCUUACGCCAAUCUAAACAGACUCAUCAGCCAAGUCGUCUCCUCGAUAACAGCAUCAUUAAGAUUCGACGGUGCUCUCAAUGUCGAUCUCACCGAAUUCCAAACUAACCUUGUUCCUUAUCCAAGAAUACACUUUCCACUGGCGACAUAUGCGCCAGUUGUCUCGGCCGAUAAAGCUUUCCACGAGGGCAUGUCCGUUGCUGAAAUCACAUCCGAGUGCUUUGAUCCAGCUAACCAGAUGGUUAAGUGCGAUCCUCGCGAAGGCAAAUAUAUGGCCUGUUGUUUAUUGUACAGGGGCGAUGUUGUGCCUAAGGAUGUUAACGCUGCCAUUGCUGCUAUGAAAGGUAAAGCCAGUAUCCGCUUUGUCGAUUGGUGUCCCACUGGGUUUAAAGUUGGUAUCAAUUAUCAGCCACCGACAGUGGUACCUGGCGGUGAUCUGGCAAAGGUACAAAGGGCUGUGUCGAUGCUUUCAAAUACAACCGCCAUUGAGGAAGCUUGGGCAAAGCUUAAUCACAAAUUUGAUCUCAUGUACAACAAGCGUGCCUUUGUUCAUUGGUACAUUGGAGAAGGAAUGGAAGAGGGUGAAUUUACUGAAGCAAGGGAAGAUCUAGCUAGUCUUGAAAGAGACUACGAGGAAGUCGCCUGCGAGUCCGACAUCAUACCAGACAUCUCUAUGGAAUAUUGAUAGUCCUUACUGUUAUAUUUCUUUCUUCAAUUCUCUUACAGUCCACGAGGAAAAAGGGGUUGAUAAAAAUUGCAUAAUCAUAACAAAUCUAAUUUUAAUAUCAAUUGCAAGUUUUAAGCAUUGAAAUCCCUUCUUAUAGACAGAUUGCAUGUAAAGGUCCCUUGGAGUGACGUGCAAAGUCUAAAUGAAAGUUAGGGUGUUUUUAUUAGAAAACCUGAUGGACUUGGGAGAACAUGUUCAUUUUUUCAAAAUUCUACAGUACCUUUCAAAAGUGUUGCCUGUUGUAUUAUAUCCGGUACUCUGACUCGAAUCGUUUAUGGAACGAAUGUGCUUAUGGCAUGCUAUAAUUUUUUUAAUUAAUACUAAAAUGUAUUUGCUAUCGUUUGAUAGCAUCUUUUCGCAAUACUCUCUUCUGGGCACGAGUGAUUAAGUAUUAUCCUCAGAGGAAUUUCUUGUUUGAGAAUCCAAGCGAAAAUACAUUUUUAUGGCUAGCAGUGAGGAGAAUAGCAUGCAUCUGCUGUUCGCUUUGAAUUCCAUUCGACAUUUUCGGUUACUGGAUAUAAAACAAUUUAUGGGUCACGUUAAUAUAAUUCAAAUGAUAUUUUACAAUCAUAUGCACUUGCAAGAAGGAGAUUCUUGACUCGCCGAUUUUGUGAUCUUUUUAUCAGGACUUUUUAUAUUAUGCUCCUUUGAGAGAAUAUUGUAUUAUUUUUCCUUUAUAUUAUGUGAAUUUAUGUGUAAUAUUUGAUGUAACUGUCUGACUCGUGAAAUGUGGAUUAAUAUAACAUGCAUUUUACAAAGA